GUGAUAGUUGCUUCAGGAACCUUGCAGAAGAUAGAAGCGGGAUAAACCUUAAAGACCUGGUCCAAGAUCCUUCACUAUUGGGAGGAACAGUAUCUGCAUACAAGAUAGUACCUGAUGAGGUUGAUGAAAUCAAGGAAACUCUCAUAGAAUGGUGUGAUGAUAAAGAAUUGAACCUUAUUUUAACUACUGGGGGAACUGGGUUUGCCCCAAGAGAUGUAACUCCAGAGGCCACAAAGGAGGUGAUAGAAAGGGAGGCUCCUGGAAUGGCACUGGCGAUGCUAAUGGGUUCAUUGAAUGUCACUCCACUGGGGAUGCUGUCUCGACCUGUAUGUGGAAUAAGGGGCAAAACUCUGAUUAUUAAUCUGCCUGGUAGCAAGAAAGGUUCACAGGAAUGCUUCCAGUUUAUUCUUCCUGCCCUACCUCACGCUAUUGACUUAUUGCGGGAUGCAAUUGUGAAGGUGAAAGAAGUUCAUGAUGAGCUGGAGGACCUCCCAUCUCCUCCACCUCCAUUGUCUCCACCCCCUACUACCAGCCCACAUAAACAGACAGAAGACAAAGGAGUUCAAUGCGAAGACGAAGAGGAAGAGAAGAAAGACAGUGGAGUAGCUUCAACCGAAGAGAGUUCAUCCUCGCACAUUACUGCAGCAGCCAUUGCAGCCAAGUUGCCUGUAUUUUCCUGUCAUAGUGCUGAUAGUUGUGUUGUACAUCAGAACUUCCAACUUGUACACAGUCCCGCUCCUGUCAUGGCUAAAGGUGGUAAACCUGUCCCUGGUUUCAUUGGUCAUCACUCUCAUACUGCCAUCAGUGCAGGAGAGCCGAUCCCAGACUCAAUCAUUUCUCGUGGUGUCCAAGUCCUUCCACGAGACAAUGCAUCGCUGAGCACAACUCCAUCGGAAUCACCGCGAGCUCAAGCUACAUCACGCCUGUCCACAGCUUCUUGUCCGACACCAAAACAACUUCGAAGGGCGGAUGAAGCGAAAGGAGUUGCUAGUAGAGGCGGAUCUCUCAAACUCCAUCGAAAGCUGGAGGAGCUCAGAGAUCAGCUAGAAGGAAAUGUGAAAGGAGGCUCUCUCAAACUCCACCAUAGGUUGGAAGGGCUUAAAGAUGAACUCAGAAGGCAUAGAGGAUACAACUCGCGAGUCCAGUCACGAUGCAGCAGCAAGGAAAAUAUCCUGAGAGCCAGUGAGUACUUAAUCCAGUUUUUGAUCCCUGCACAAUAUUUAAAAAGUAUUUAA